AAAUUGUUCAAUAAUAUAACAAGAGAUAAGCAAAACGCCACUAGCCUACCAAUGUGAAAUGAAAUAAUAAAGAAACACACUUAUACAUAACUACGUGCUCCCCUCUACCCUCGGAUAAAUCCAAAACCCAUUCUGAUGUUUCCACCUAAUACACCACACUUGGGAAUACAGGUUGGAUUAGGUGGUAGUUAUGUUUUUAAUUUAUUUUACACAGGAGCUCAAGGUGGUGUGUGUGGUGCUCCUCUUGUUCCCCUUUGCCUUGCAGUGCCCUGUCAGAGCCAGGAAGAAAGAUUUGCUUUUAUUGCAGAGUGGUAUGACCCAAAUGCUUCACUUUUCCGGCGUUAUGAGCUUUUAUAUUACCCAAAAGAUGGGUCAGUGGAGAUGUAUGACAUGAAGAACCGCUGUAGAUUUCUCAAUCGCACUAAAUAUGAAGAUCUGAACUUUAAAGAUCUAUUUGUUGGAAACAGAAUUACAGUAUUCUCCCGCCACCUCAAUUUGGUUGACUAUGGGGAUCAGUACACUUCCCGCAUGUUGGGCAGUUGUAAAGAAAGAACCCUGGCUUUAUUAAAACCUGAUGUAGCACUCAAACUUGGGGAAGUCAUUGAUAUGAUUAUUAAUGCUGGUUUUACAAUAACUAAAGCUAAAAUGAUGAAACUUACAAGAGGAGAAGCAAUGGAUUUCCAUGCAGACCACCAAGCUAAACCUUAUUAUAAUGAGCUACUUGAGUUUAUUACAAGUGGUCCCAUUGUUGCCCUAGAGAUUUUGGGGGAUGAUGCCAUCAAUAAAUGGAAAAAUCUCCUGGGCCCUGCAAACUCAUCUGUAGCCAGAACUGACGCUCCAGAUAGCAUUAGGGCAAAAUUUGGAACUGAUGGUAUAAGAAAUGUGGCUCAUGGCCCUGAUUCUUUUGCUUCUGCUGCUAGGGAGCUGGAGUUGUUCUUUCCGUCUAGUGGAGGUCGUGGACCUGCCAACACUGCAAAAUAUACGAACUGUACUUGUUGCAUUAUUAAGCCUCAUGCAGUUAAAGAUGGUCUGACUGGAAAAAUUGUGACAUCAAUACUUAAUGGAGGAUUUGAAAUCUCAGCCUUGCAAAUGUUCUAUAUGGACCGUGCAAAUGCAGAGGAAUUCUACGCCAUUUACAAAGGCGUUGUAGCUGAGUAUUCUGAGAUGGUUGUAGAACUCUGCUCAGGACCCUGUAUUGCUCUAGAAAUUAGACAAAUUGAUCCUGCAAAAACAUUCAGAGAUUUCUGUGGGCCUUCUGAUCCUGAAAUAGCCCGUUAUCUCCGUCCUGGCACACUCCGUGCUACCUAUGGUAAAAACAAGAUCCAGAAUGCGGUGCACUGCACUGAUCUUCCAGAAGAUGGUCUUUUGGAGGUCCAGUACUUUUUCAGCAUCUUGGACAAGUAAGCAAAGAACAGAAAAAUACAGGGAGUAAACAAUUU